AUGGAGACCUGCCGGGCUACACUCCUGGCCAUGGCUCUGGCCGCCUUGCUGGCCCCCGGGGCCGGGAGCCCCGUCCGGGGGAAGGCCACCAGGCACAAGCUGCUCCUGGUGUCCUUCGAUGGCUUCCGCUGGGACUACGACCAGGAUGUGGACACCCCCAACCUGGACGCCAUGACCCAGGAUGGGGUGAAGGCGCGCUACAUGACCCCUGCCUUCGUCACCAUGACCAGCCCCUGCCACUUCACGCUGGUCACCGGCAAGUACAUUGAGAACCACGGGGUGGUCCACAACAUGUUCUACAACACCACGUCCAAGGUGAAGCUGCCCUACCACGCCACGCUGGCCAUCGAGAGGUGGUGGGACAACGGCAGUGUGCCCAUCUGGAUCACUGCCCAGAGGCAGGGCCUGAAGAGUGGCUCCUUCUUCUACCCCGGAGGGAAUGUCACCUACCAGGGCAUGGCGGUGACGCAGAGCCGGAAGGAGGGCAUCUUCCACAACUACUCCAAGGAGCAGGAGUGGAGGGCCAACAUCGACACAGUAAUGCGCUGGUUCACCCAGGACGGCCUGGACCUGGUCACGCUCUACUUCGGGGAGCCGGACUCCACUGGCCACAAGUUCGGGCCCGAGUCCGAGGAGAGGAGGAGCAUGGUGAGGCAGGUGGACAGGACCGUGGGCUACCUGCGCCAGCGCGUCCAGGAGAGCGGCCUGGCCGGCAACCUCAACCUGGUCAUCACCUCGGACCACGGCAUGACCACCGUCCACAAGGAGGCCGGCGACCUGGUGGAGUUCCACCAGUUCGCCAACUUCUCCUUCAAGGACAUCGAGUUCGAGCUGCUGGACUAUGGACCCAACGGGAUGCUGCUGCCCAAGGAGGGCCAGCUGGACGCGGUGUACAGAGCCCUCAAGGACGCGCACCCCCGGCUCCACGUCUACAAGAAGGAGGAGUUCCCCCCGGCCUUCCACUACGCCAACAACACCCGCAUCACACCGCUGCUCAUGUACAGCGACCCCGGCUACGUCAUCCACGGGAGACUGAACGUCCAGUUCAACAGAGGGGAGCAUGGCUUUGACAACGGGCACCAGGACAUGAAGACCAUCUUCCGGGCAGUGGGGCCCAGCUUCUGGGCUGGCCUGGAGGUGGGGCCGUUCGAGAGCGUGCAUGUGUACGAGCUCCUGUGCCGACUGCUAGGCAUCCAGCCUGAGCCCAACGACGGGCGCUUGGCCACCCUCCUGCCCCUGCUCCGCCCGGACCAACACUGCCCAGAUGCUGCUCCCCGCACGAGUGGCCGGCUGCCCUUGGUGAUGGCACUGACCACGGUGGUGGCUCUUCUGGUCAAGCUUGUGUGACAAGGACCGAGCACAAGGUUGUCGGGGGAGAGUGGUCCCUGGAGAAGGACAUCACGUUGGGUGAAGGAGAGGGGCAGUGGAACAGAGGACGGCUCCAGCACCCCAGGGCCGGGCGGCGCUUCCUUCUGUCGUGUGCAGGGUCGCUGUGGGUCAGAACCCACCCGGUGGCACCUGACACCAGCAACAGCAACAACAACGGGACAAUAAAUCUGA